CCGGCAUGGGGACAGCAUCCAGGGUGCUCUGUGCCCUCCUCAUCCUCUGCACGCUGUGCUGGCACAGCCUGGCUCAGAGAGCUCCAGCCAUGCCAGACAAGUGCUGCUUCAACUUCCAGACCAGGAGGAUCAAGAGGGACAACGUGGUGGCCUGCUACCCCACCAGCCCCGAGUGCCCGCACCAGGCUGUGAUCUUCAGGGUGAGGAACGGGAAGGAGAUCUGCACGCAGGCCAGCAGGCCGUGGGUCAAGAGGUACCAGCAGAGCUUCCAAGUCAGCUCCUUCUCCAUCCCCAGCUAG